AUGGCUACCCCCAGUGUCCUUACCUUUGAUACUGAGGGUCGUGCUGUUGACUUUGAGGUCUGGGUCGAUGACCUCCAGCUGUUCUUACAGUGCGAUAGGGCAAACGGGCUCUCCCUAUUCGAUCUCACCUCUGGUGUCUCUCCUGCCCCGCUUGCUACUGCUGACAGCACUGUUCGCUCACAGUGGGCCACGCGCGAUGCUGCUGCACGUCUUGCUGUGCGUCGCCACUUACCGACCACUGAGCAUGCGCACUUUAGCCAGUACAAGAGUGCUAAGACCUUGUACGACGUUGUAGUUGCACGCUACUCUUCCCCUGCCACUGCUGCUCUUAGCCGCCUCAUGCUACUGUACCUGUUCCCUAACCUUGCUGCCUUUCACACAGUCGCUGACCUCAUUACGCACCUUCGCACUAGUGAGACUCAGUACCGAGCUGCACUUCCUGCUGAGUUCUUCAAGGACCACUUCCUCUCAGUUUGCCCCACCACACUCACUGUUGACCUCCUCGAGGAGCGCCUCCUAGCAGCAGAGAAGAGCAUAGUCGCUGUAGGAGCCUCUCGUGGUGACCCUCGCACCCCCGUCUUUGAGGGGUGUUCUCCCUCCCCCCUCUUGCCCUCUGUUUCUUCUGCUGCUGCGGCCGACCUCGUUGGCUUCGAGUCGGUCGGCGUUGCGUCUGCCCCUAGCGGGAAACGCCGCACCGGCAAGGGCAAGGGGGGCAAAGGCGUUGGAGGGGCUGGUGGGGGCGGUGGAGGUGGUGGUGGAGGCAGUGGAGGGGGUGGGGGUGGUGGUGGGAGUGGUGGCGGGGGUGGAGGUGUCGGUGGCAGCAGUGGAGGCGGAGGAGGUGGCGAUGGUGGCGGAGGGAGCGGAGGCGGCGGAGGUGGCGGAGGCGGCAGAGGUGGCGGAGGCGGCGGAGGCAGCGGUGGAGCUGGUCGCGGCUCUGCGUAG